ACAGAGUACAUUGAGGUGUUUAGCUGAUUAUUUUACGUCGUUUUGUGAUUGAUUAAAAUAUUAAAGUCCUAAAACUUCUAAAAUAAUUCAAAAAUAUCUACUUUUAAGUGUAUUAGCUCGAAGUAUUGUUCUAGUUUCACAGUAACUACCGAUUUGCCGCAUGUUCGACGAUAACAAAAUGAACCAUCCUCAAGGGGAUAAUAUAUGCCCGCCGGCGCAUUUAAGAGUCAUAUUACCAGCGUCAAUAGACUCCAAUAUGCAGCCACAUUUCAUCGAUAUGAACAACACACAAGACAUACCCCCGCCGCAGGCCGAUUUCUCGGCCCCGCCGCCAUACGAUGUGGCCGCCAAUUCGAAACUGCCCACAUACGAGGAGGUGCAGAGAGAGAAGCAGAUGGAAGGGGAAGGGUUACCACAGAUCCAAGGCCCCCUACCGCCUCCCCUGCCUACGUUCGCGGCGUUCGUCACAGUAGAGCCUACAGAGGGCACAGGCGAACAGCUGGACCCUGAGAACAGCCUGCUUGGCACUGAUGUGAUGUUCCUCACUUCGUUCUUCGUGGCAUUCCUAUUCAACUGGAUCGGUUUCCUGCUCCUGAUGUGUUUCUGCCACACGGUGGCGUCGCGCUACGGCGCGCUGGCCGGCUUCGGUCUGUCUCUGGCCAAGUGGACGCUCAUCGUGAAACACUCCACCGAGCUCGCCAGCCACGAGAACUCUUGGCUGUGGUGGCUCAUCAUGGCCUUCGGUAUCCUGAUCUGCGUGCGCGCCAUCAUCCAAUACCUGAACAUUAAACGCGGUUGGCGUCUACUCUCCGGCACGGCUCAAGAACGGCUCCUAUUCUUCUACUGAUCUCCUUCACACCCACUUACGACUACAUAUGCGAGAGGGAGACGACUAUGGUUAGUUAACCUUCACUAGGCCAUAUGGUUCGCGCCAAUUCCAAUCUCCACUUCUACUGAUCUCGCUCACAUCCGCUUACGACUCUACAUGCGAGAAAGAAACGGAUAUACCUUUCCACAUCUUCUAUAGAUCUUUUCAUGUGCGGAAGGGAGACGGUUAUAGUUCUUGCUGUUUGAUCUACAUUUAACUAGGAGUAAGAGCGUGUUUUCCUCUUUUAUUAGUUAUUCCUCGCACGUACUAUGCGGGAGAGAGAUGGCUAUACCAUCGCCCACACUGUUAACCCUUAUUACAUAAGGCAUAAGGUCCACUGAUGGAUAUGUUGCUGUUUGUACAUUGUUUUUUUGGUUGGUACUUGGAGCGUGUAUGAGAAGAAAAUUUAGAAAAACCGGCCAAGUGCGAGUCGCACUCGCGCACGAAGGGUUCCGUACCAUUACGCAAAAAACGGCAAAUCACGUUUGUUGUAUGGGAGCCCCCCUUAAAUAUUCAUUUUAUUCUGUUUUUAGUAUUUUUUGUUAUAGCGGCAACAGAAAUACACCAUCUGUGAAAAUUUCAACUGUCUAGCUGUUCAUGUAACGGUUCAUGAGAUACAGCCUGGUGACAGACGGACAGACAGACGGACAGCGGAGUCUUAGUAAUAUAGGGUCCCGUUUUUACCCUUUGGGUACGGAACCCUAAAAAGUAGUCUUUUCAGAAUGUCGCAGGUUUGUUCUACAAACGUUCCCUUUCACGCCCACUGACGUCUGUGUGUACGGAAAAGAGAUAAGUAUAUGACUGGAUGCACUCAUAUUUUUACACGGUGUGAGUAAUCUUCUAGCGUACUCCCUCGCACUCGCUGAAACCUUCAUUUGUGGAAGCAAGACUGCUAUGAUUCGAUAUCGUUUGUAAAACCAGGAACAGCUUUGAUUUUAAGUGUAUUUCUGGUUACGCAUUAAAAAUCAAGUGACGUUAAUUCUGAAAAAGUAUGGUCGCAUUUUUUUUGGUUAAAAUACCAUAUUGUGUAAAACAUUUUACAUAAUGUCAAUAUCGGAGGAAAAUGGGGAUUAUGUUAGUAUGCACUUUUUUCUUAAUAACAAUGUGUUUAAAAACUGUAACUUUUCUGUAUAUUAAAGAAAAAGUGACGAAGCCCUCCAGUGGUGAAGGCCGGAUUCGAACCGGCGUCUAACGCCAUGAACCCCUAGGCCACCCCGCCACGGCGGUGCCCGUCCGAAUUUCUCGACUAUAUGCCAUCUUAGUAAGACUAGGCGUCUUUGACCAGCUCUAGGCUUUUUUUUUUCUUUAAUAUAUGACAUCUAUCACAGUUUUUAAUUUAUAUAUAGUAGUGUGACUACUUAAAAAAAAACACAAAUCAAAAUAUUUAAUAAAAUAAUUUGAUUUGUUCCCAAACUUGUUCAACAAUGUGUUUGUCAAUAAAAUUUCAUCAAUAAAUAUUGAUCAAUAAGUAUUGAUCAAUAAAUAUGGUUAAAUCUUCGUGUUAUUGUUGUAAUGUAGGCCAGUAUUUAUAAUGAACCAAGGAUGUAUGUACAAAUUGAGUGUAUUCAAUUUUGAACUCUAUUGAGGUAAAGCUAGGUAUGGUUUAACUGUGAAUAUUUGUGCCAUUUUCAACCAAAAGGGUACUUACUGUCGGUUGUCAAUAAGGCGCUAUUUCCAUAUGGCUUCAAUUUGAAAUCUACCAUCGACAAGCGACAAUGUGGUACCUUUUGGUUAAAACGUCACAUAUGUCUAUACACUUAUGUCUCUUUGACAACAAUACGUUGUUGUUAUGCAUCACAUUCUAUGGUAAGUUAGAAAAUAUCUCGAUAUAAGUGAUUGUUCAAUUCAAAUAAUUUAAUGAAUAAAAAUAGUGACUGCUAUAUCUACGGAUUAAUUAAUAUCAAUGAAAUGAACUGAAAUGAAAUUUAUUGAUGUAUGUUGAGAAUGGGUUACAUAUUCAGCUUAAAUUGCUACUAAGUAGUCUCACCAAACUAACUUUUCAGGCGUCCAGUACAUUUAAGGACGACACACAAUCACAUUAUAUAAUAUGAUUUAUUCGGGAGUUAAUUUUAAUAUCCGCUUUCAAUGCAUGCUGUUGUGUGUUUGACCUUAACUCUGAUACGUGUAUGUAGUCAAAAUCACUUUAGAAUUUGAGUCGUUUUCAAGCAAAAGGUACCACAUUGUCGCUUACCAUAAGGACGAAAAUUGCUUCUAUUUUUAGACAAUGUUGUACCUUUUGCUUGAAAACGACACAUUUAUUUUUAUUUUUGGCAUAAAUAAAAACAAAUUUUCAUUCCAUUUAACGUUUUGAGUACGAAAAAAUACUGAAUGGCAAAUCGCUGAAACCAUGUAGAACCUCAAGUAUGGGAAUUUAAUAAAAAUCACAUUUGAUACGAUUUCCUGCCUAAUUAACUGGUCCAUGCAACUUUUUAUAAUUUUUUCACAUUUAAUACGCUUUACCGUUCGACGUGGUUCCUUCAAAAUCUUGUUAAGGGUCUCUGGCAAGCUCGGUUCUCCAUACGUUUGUAGUUCCGCUCUCAUUUUAAAACGACUAGCUAGAUUGCUCUGAAACUGUACUUACAAUAGGAUAAGGUAUAUCCAUGUCUGUAAUUAGUUAGCUUCAGAUACCAAAGUAAAAAAAUUACAGCGAAUGUAAGUUUUUCAUACGAAACUUGUUUUUGCUCUAUUUCGUUUGUUUUAUAAACUGGAGCUAUAUAAACUAACUACAGGCAGAUAUAACUCUUGUCAUUGUAUGUGCAAUGUUUAAUUACAAUCCAACACGUAGUUUUAUAAUGAGCACGAAAUUCCGUUUGUAUGGGAAGGUGAAAUUCGGCUGAGCUUGCCUGGGACUCUUUUAGUCAUUUUAUGGACGAUAGAGGCAAGGUGAUAAGGAGAAAACUCUAAUAUGGGAAAACAGUUGCAAAACUGUCCAGCUGUCACUGUCAGCUAUAAAUAACAGUUCCAAAUCUCUCCACAGUGGCGCUAGAGUAGCUAUGAACUUAGCCGUUAUUGACGGAGUGCAGUGCGCUCUCAAUGAUUUGAAUUUUAGGGUUCCGUACCCAAAGGGUAAAAACGGGACCCUAUUACUAAGACUCCGCUGUCCGUCUGUCUGUCCGUCUGUCACCAGGCUGUAUCUCGUGAUCUGUGAUAGCUAGACAGCUGAAAUUUUCACAGAUGAAGUAUUUCGGUUGCCGCUAUAACAACAAAUACUAAAAACAGAAUAAAAUAAAGAUUUAAGUGGGGCUCCCAUACAACAAACGUGAUUUUUGACCGAAGUUAAGCAACGUCGGGCGUGGUCAGUACUUGGAUGGGUGAUCGUUUUUAUAGUUAAUGGUACGGAACCCUUCGUGUGUGAGUCCGACUCGCACUUGGCCGGUUUUGUUUUCAUAAAAUAUUUAAGGUUUUUUGACGAACCAUUUUUAUACAUACAGAGUGCUCUCCUUACCUUAACCCUCCAUAAAUCAUUUCCUUACACUUCAAUACAUUUAGGUAGGUAUAGUUGGUCAAACCAAAUUGUCAGUAGUGUUACUAGUGUAAGACAAAGAUGUAUGAUUCUCUCUGUCUAUAGUCGAAAUGAGACAGUCCUUUGACAAACUAUAUCUUGUUAUUAUUGUAAAUCGCUUGCGUUUUUUGUCGAUACAAAUUUAGCAAUUACUAAUAAGAGAGUUAUUUUUAUAUUGCAAAACAAGUUUUUGCUAGCACCGGGUUUUUACUAUUUUAUAGAAUUUAGCUUAUUCCGUCAUACGGGUGUUUCCCACAUCCUUCUUUGUGCUCAUAAUAUAACUAUAAUAACUUUAUAAAUAAUAAGUUUCGAAAUAAUUGACUGGUUUAAAAUGGUUGCGUCUAUAGACUAAAUACGUCAAUCGCUUAGGUACUGUCAGACGGGUGUACGAUCACAGAUUUUAAUAGGGAAUAUUACGAGAAACUCUGCGUAGAGGGCGUCACUAGCACAAUCACGGGGCCUACCGCGAAACACGAAAAUCGAAAGUCCGAUUUCUGCCUCUUAUCACUCUUGCAUAUUCGAUCGAUAGAGAGGCAGAUAACGAAAUUUCUCCAUAGCUAAUUCAGGCCAGUAACGCGUUUAUGAAUAACGCCAAAAGAAUUUAAUUACUGACCCAUUUUGUACCUUGUCACAGUGACAAUAGUAUGAGGUCUCUAGCGACUUUAAUAUUGAUUAAUGAUUGUCACUGACAGUGACUCACUGUGACAAGGUACAAAGUGGGUCGGAAAUUAAAUUGUUUGACUACUUUCGAACGCGAACUAUAUAAAUAUAGUUGGUCAAGCAAAUCUUGUCAGUACAAAAAUCCGGUAAAUUUAAAAAAUGUAGGCGCGAAGAGAUAUUGCCCCAUAGAAAAUUUGAAUUUCGCGUCUUUUUCAACUGACAAGAUUUGCUUGACCAACUAUACAUAUACAUAUAUCUUUUAGAAAAGAAUUCCAGGGUGGCAGAUGCUUUUGGCGCGUUGUUUCAUUUUAUAUCUGACUGUGUACAGAUUGAUUUUCGUCGACGUGAUGUAACCAACCAAUGGGGUUGGUAACUAUCAAAAUUUUGCAUAGAUGGCGCCAUCAUAGCUUGCCGCUUUCUCUAGUUUUGUUCUAUGAGAUUUGGCUUAAAGGGCUGGCAUCCAGGCCAAAAAAUUCAAAAAAAAAUUUUUGAGGCAAUACUAGGGAUUGACAGGGCAAGCUAUGCUGGUGCCAUCUGUAAAAUAAUUCGACCGGCCAACUAAUUGUUUAGAUACAAUAUUUUGUGCUUUAUAGGACUGAUAUGAUAACAAAAUUCUGCUUAAGUACUAUUUUGCUACUGUUUUGUAUGAUGUGACGUAAAUUACUUUUUUCAAAUGGGACAAGCAUUAUUAUGAAAUGUACAUUUGAGAGAAUUGAAAAGGGGUUUUUUUUAUCCGUUGUGACCCGAUGAGACUGUAUCAUUGUACAUUUUUAACUUGCAGUUCGUAAACGACGUCCACGAGGUUGUGGACGAUGUAGAUACAGUCACUCAUGUUACUCUUCGAAUGCCGCAAAAAUAUGUAUUCGCACGCUCAUUACGGCCCGGCCACGACAUCGCGCGGCGGCCAUAGGUGGGAACGAAAGGUCCGGCGCUGUGUCUCGCUCCAACCUAUGGCCGCCGCUCACCGCUGCCGCCGCCGCGCGAUGUCGUAGCCGGGCCGUAAGAGCGUCACAAACCUGACACGAUCUUAUUUGUAGCCAUAAGGCUCUAUCAAUAAGAUCGUGUCAGAUAUUUUUGCGGCCAUCGUUGUGUACCUAACAUAUUAUCGCAGGUACUUGAAUAUAUUUAACAGUUUUGAAUGAUACACGGUUAGUUUAUCAUAUCCCGGGAUAUGAAUCUUAACCGGGAUCGGGAGCUCGAAAGCAAUACAAAAAGGUAAACACGGUCUAUAUCGCUGCUAUACUUACUCAACCUCGUAUCUGCAACACUCAUUUGAUGACAAAAACACCCGUAUUCCGAAUGAAAUAAAAACGACAUUUCCAUCAAAUGAUUGUUGCAGAUAUGAGGUUGAGUAAGUAUAGCGACAAUAUCCCGGACAGUAUAAGUAUGUUGAAUUUAUUUGCUUGGUUUUUAAACGCAAUGCGAUAUCUGUCGAUAAAGGACAGAUUACCUAGAAGAUUUUUUCAAGAUGAUAUGCUAAUCCGUUUUAAUACGAAUAGUAUUGUUUAUAUUUAUUGGCUAUUGUGUAAAUAUAAUGUUUAUCAUAAAAACGUUUCUGUUGUAUUUUUUUAAUUAAUUCUGUAUAUAUAUACACUUUCAAUUUGAAAAGACAUUAUUGAAUGUUUUAGUAAAUUUUACUGAUUGAUAUUUUAAGAUUUUUAAAUUCCAGUUAAGAAUUGUGUUGCUUUUAGUAUUCAAACACAAGUAUAGCUAAGGUUUUAAACUAAGCACCAAACUUGCUAGAUUGCGAAUAUAUGGGGCAUUUUCUAUGAAAAGGGACCUUAUUGUCGAUGGCGCUUACACCGCACAGCGUCGCGCGGCAUUGUAUUUAUAUCGGAGCAUCGUCUAUAAUGGCGUAAGCGCCAUCGACGAUAAGGUCCCUUUUUAUAGAAAAUACCACAUAUGAGUUUUAAAUUUAAUAUUUUUUAGUGCAAUAAUGUCUAAUAGUUCACUAUAUAAUAUAAUAUUGCUUAUAUAAUGUAAGUUAAGAUUUAUUUAGUUAUAGAAUAAAAGGGUGAAAACAAAUUUAUUUUUAAACGAAUUAUCUUAUUAUUGACUUUAGUUUAGAAUAAUAUGUGACUACAAAAGGUCCUAAGAAUAUAUGACAUAAAUUAUCAUGUCAUAAAAUAUUUUGUGCUCAGAUAUUGUUGUAAAAAAUAAAACUAAAUGAAAAUGUAAAUUGGCAUUAUUAAAUAUUCUUUUAUUUAAUAUUUGGAAUAUUGAUUCACACUGCAAGGCGCUGUCAAGAUUCUACACAAAUGUUUAGGCGAAUACGGUCAUAAACACAUAACUCAAUAUAUUUAAUAAGAAAAUCCUUUAUUCACACUUAGCGAGCUGCAAAAGUGCAUGGCCACUAUGAAUGAAUCCUAUUCAUAAUGUAUCCAUGCCAUUUUACACUUUUACAGCUCGUAUAUUUACACCCUUUGUACUUGUGUAGGACAGUCAGCAAAACUAUUAGCUUAGCACAUGGAGACUAUAUAAAGGAGCCGAAAUACUACCAAAAACAACCAACGUAAUUUGGUCGGGUUAUUUGUUGCCUUAUAUGGUUCAUGUUAUACUCACUAUUAUUUGAAGCUGAAAGCUAUGGAUGGUAUAGAAAGGAUGCCAAUCUCUUAUGGCAGAAUUGUUGCAAAAGUGACCGCUUUCAGCUUUAAAUAAUAGUUCCUAAUCUCGCCGGUGGCGCUAGUUAGGCUCUGGGACAUGAGUAUAACAUGAACCAACAAAUAACCCGACCAAAUUACGUAGGUUGUUUUUGGUAGUAUUUCGGUGUAUAGUGGCGCCGCCUAAUUACUGUUUUUUGAGGGACACUUUUCAUGCAUAGAGAUUUGGCUCCUUUUUAUAGUCUCCAUGCUGAAAGCGGUCACUUUUGCAACAAUUCUGCCAUAAGAGAUUGGCAUCCUAUAGGUUAGCAACCCUGCAACCUGCAUGCAUAUUUUGUAUGGAGUUGUUUACAAAGAUACAAGUCGCUACGUUACCAAUCAUUUAUUUCGAUAUGUGACAGUUUCUUAUAUAGGUUCUAUGAAAUACUAGCGUUAUCUAGUUUGCGUCGGGAACAACGACAUCUUUGAGGUAAUUUGGACAACAAACUAAAGCUUGUAAACUAAAUAUCGGCUUGAACAGGAGUGCUAAGCUAAUAGUUUUUCCGAUUUUACGACCACACUAUGCGUUUUCAUCCACAUCUUACGUCUUCAGCUUUUAAUGGGGUUGGCAACUGCCAAAGGUUUGCAGAGGUGGCGCCAUCAUAGCUUGCCCCUUUUUCUAUGAGAUUUGGCUUAAAGGUCAUUAAAAAAACAAAAAUUUGACACAAAUCUAGGGAUUGACAGGGCAAGCUAUGCUGGCGCCAUCUGCUAAUUAUUUCGACCGGCCAACCCCAUUGAUAAAGCGGACUGGUGUGGUGUGAACGUGCAGUCAAGGGCAUAAAUAUAUACAUUCCCAAAGUUUCAAAAAUAUGUGUACGCUCCUACACCUUAAACAAUAAAGUUGUGUUCACAUAUUUUUGACCCAUUUGUCUGGAUCGAUAUUUUUGCCUUUGACUGUACCGUUACCUUAUAUUUUGGGAGUGCGUUGCAGUGAAUCCAGUGUUCAUUAUUAAUAUAAAUUAAUUUUUAAAAUACUUAGUGCAGUUCCAUGUGUUGAACUGAGAUACUAAGGUCAUAAAGCCGUUAUUUGCAAAGCUUAUUGUAAUAAAAUCUCAGAAAUGUUACUUGAACCAUAGAUAGAUACUUGUACCCACUACUAGUGUAAGACAAAGAUAGUAUGAUUCUCUCUGUCUAUGUUUGAAAUGAGACAGUCCUUUGACAAACUAUAUAUAGAUAGCCGGCCUUAGUGCCUCAGUUUGCACACAAUUUUACCAUUGAAUAUUUGAUGUCAAUUUGUGGAUAGGGAGCGUGCAUACUGUAGGGGGCAGCACAGGAGACUUCAGAUUUUUGGCGCGAGGCGUAAAUGUGUAGUUUAUGCUUCCAAAGUAGCCCACAAGAUGGCAGCACUUGCUUUGGAUUGAAGUGUCAAUGUACAUGUGAUGUACAUGUUUAUGGUUCUGAUUCAGGCCACAAGAUGGCAGACCCUCCAACGCGCACGGUCCCUAUAGCGUAGUUCGAAACUCUUGUAAAUAUUCCUCUCUGUGACACGCUUCGGUUUGUAUUGUUACAGUGUCGGUAUUCACUUUGAAUAAAAAGAUUUAUUUGAU